AUGAGAUGUUUGCAUCUUCUGUCCUCGGCCCUGGCCGCAGCCGCGUCUCUGGCCACGGCUAGCCUGUUACCCAAUAUCAUUUUCAAAGAUGUUGUGGUUGUCGGUGGCGGUGCUUCUGGUGCCUACGCGGCGGUCCGACUUCGCGAUGACUUUGGUAAGACUGUUGGUCUUAUUGAGAAGCAGAGCAUCAUUUUAUUGGCCCCGACAGGGUGGUAUGGUCGACUCUUAUGUCGACCCCAAGACCGGGAUCCCCCUGGACCACGGGGUCAAGAUUUUUUCAUCGACGCCGGUAAUGCGACGGGCUUCUUUGACCGGUUUGGCAUCGCCAGGGGCAACUCCUGCAACCCCCAAGUCACAACGGAGUACGUUGACUUCCGAACCGGAAAUGUUGUCAACAUGCAGCUGCUACCUUUUGCCGAUCAGUUUGCGGCCAUUGCCCAAUUCCUCGAGGUGGUGGAGCCAUGGGAGCACCUGAUGCUGCCUGGAUAUUACGACUUUCCUCAGCCAGACGCCAUCCCGGAAGAUCUUCUUAUUACCUUUGGUGAUUUUAUCACCAAGCAUGGACUCGAAGAUGCCGUCCCUCUGAUCUACGAGAGUACCGGCCUGGGCCUCCGUAACAUGACGCGGGAAACCACCCUGUUUGUUCUACAAUCGUUCGGUCCCUCCAUGGCUCGAGAAAUGCUCGGCAAGCAAGGAAUGUUUGUCCCUGCGUCCGGUCGCAACCAGGACCUCUGGCGUACCCCACAUGGCGUCUUCCUCACAGUGAAGAACAGCAAAACAGGCCAGAUCACCCUGAUCACAGCCCGCAGGCUCCUCCUCGCCAUCGAGCCGACCAAAGACGACAUGGCGCCCUUCGACCUGGACGAUAACGAGCGUACGGUCUUGUCCAAAUUUACUUACACCAACGAAUACACUGGUUUGGUGAACAAUUCUGCCUUUGCGACCAACUACUCCUACUUCAACCUCCUUGCCGCUGCCGCGCCCGACCACUACCUUACUCUGCCAGAUGGCUCGUUCACGGUCCGUAUUGACUACCUUGGUGGCAACAACAUGUUCAGGGUGACGAUCGUCGGUGAGGAGACACUUGACUCUGCCGGCGCCAAAGAACUGGUGCAAAAGGACUUUGAUACUCUCCGCAAAGCGGGCCGGCUGUUGGACGCUAAGGAAGGGGAGAAGGUGAGCUGGGUCGACUUCUCUGCCCAUGGCCGCCCCAUGCAUGCCCGGGUGUCGGUUGCGGACUUGAAAGACGGCUUCUACCAGAAGCUGUACGCGCUGCAGGGAGGACGGUCGACUUGGUGGACCGGCGGCGCUUUCUCAGUCAACUUCCAGACCACGUUGUGGCAGUAUGAUGAGCUUCUUUUUCCUGAGAUUCUCAAAGGGCUGAACUAG